UAUAUUGUCAAAAAGGCGCGAUUUUGUUGUGUUACCUUCUAAUGUCCACUUGUUUUGUUUAAAAACGAUUUAUUUUGUGUUGUCAGUUAAAAAAUUUGGGAAAAAAUGUCGAAACGGUUUAGUACGGGUCAAACUAACACUCUUUUGAACUAUUUUCAGUCACCUAAAGCAAAAAAAGGUACUGAAGUCAAGCAAGACUCUGCCCAAAAAAGUGUCUCUGCUACUAAUGGUAAGGGAGAUGUGUCUCCUAAAGCAAAAAAUGGUACUGAAAUCAGGCAAGACCAAGACUGUACCCACAAAACUAACUCUGCUACUAAUGGUAAGGGAGAUGUGUCUCCAGUUCAAGCUAAGAAACGUAAAAAAAUGGCAAUUAUCGACAGCGACUCUGAAGAUGAAAAGUUACCAGUUCAACCGACCCCUAAGAAGAAGAAGAACGUGAAGAAACGGCCGGUGAGCGACUCAGAUGGCGAGUCUUCAGGCAGUGACAGCAAACCUAGAGAGAGGAAGUCACUAAAACAGUUCACUUUUGAGAAAAGUUCUGAGACUACAAAGAUAACUGAUGAAAAUGCAGCUAAAGCAGCCCCAGUUGUUCGCGACAUUAAUUCCAAUUGGUUACACAACCGGUUAGACUUUUUACAACCUGAUAAAAUUCGCGAUAUUAACAAGAAAACACCGGAUGACCCCGAUUAUGAUUCUCGCACACUUUACAUCCCUCAAAGCUUCCUAGACAAACAAACUCCAGCAAUGCGUCAAUGGUGGGUUCUGAAAAGUACACACAUGGACUCAGUUUUGUUUUUCAAAGUGGGAAAAUUCUAUGAACUUUAUCAUAUGGAUGCUGUUGUAGGAGUCACACAGUUGGGUUUUUCUUACAUGAAGGGGGAGUUUGCCCAUUCCGGCUUCCCUGAAAGUGCCUAUCAUAAGAUGGCAAAUGCUCUAAUUGAGAAAGGGUUUAAGGUUGCAAGAACUGAACAAACUGAAACUCCUGAAAUGAUGGCGGAAAGGUGCAAAAAACAAGGAAAGACAACUAAGUUUGAUAAAGUCGUCAAUAGGGAAAUUUGUCAAAUUUCAACAAAGGCUACUUGUGUAUACACUGCACAAUUGCCUGAUGCUAUGCAUUCGCAGUCUUGUUACAUGUAUGCUAUUGCAGAGAAGGAUGUGACAGGCUUGCAAAGAAGAUUUGGAAUUUGUUUCAUUGAUACGUCUAUUGGGAUUUUCAAAAUGGCAGAGUUUGAUGACGAUAAACAUUGCUCAAAACUACUAGUUUGUCUUUCAGAGUAUCCACCAGGAUUGAUCUUAACUGAAAGAAAGAAGAUGAGUUCAAAAUUAAAAUUCAUUCUAAAUUCUCACUACAGAGAUAUCAGAAGAGAAACAUUGGCUCCUGAAAGUCAAUUCUACAGUGCUAGUACCACUGUUGAAAAACUAAUGAAUGGAAAUUAUUUUCGUAAUGAAAGUAAUGAAAUUUGCUUGCCUGAAUUCCUUAAAAAUGUCACAAAUGGAUAUAACGCUCAACCAGAGUAUGAGUUAAUGAUAAAAGCAUUAGGGGCGUGUUUGUGGUAUUUACAUGAUUCCAAACUUGAUAUUCAAGUAGUUUCACUUGGGAAAUUCGAGAUUUACCAACCUUUAAGUAUGAAUGUAAAAGAGCAAUGUUCUCGAAGUUGUAUGAUUUUGGAUUCUGUAACGAUGGUCAAUUUGAAUCUACUGGGUGAAGAAAGUAGUUUACAAAAAACAUUGGAUUAUUGUCAAACUGCUUUUGGCAAAAGAUUACUGACACAGUGGAUCUGUCGACCUUUGUGCACCGUUGAGAAAAUUAAAGAACGACAAGAAGCUAUACAAGAACUGGUCAAAAAUACAUCCUUGUUAAAGGACGCACAAGAUAUACUCAAAAAAUUACCAGAUUUGGAACGACAGUUGGCUAAAAUUCAUACUUUUGGUAAUAAAUAUUUUGCCCAAGAUCAUCCCGAUAGUCGUGCUGUUUUUUACGAGGCUGCUACUUACUCAAAAAGGAGGAUUGCUGAUCUUUUGAAAACGUUACAAGGAUUUGAAUUGGCACAGAAUUUGUGCCCUCUUUUUAAAGGUUGUCAAUCUCCGUUACUCAAAAGGUUAACUCAAUUUAAACCUGAUGGAAUGUACGUUGAUUUAACUGAAUUAUUAUUGUUCUUUAAGAAUGCCUUUGAUCAAGAAGAGGCUCAGAAGGAAGGAAAAAUCAUCCCAAAACAGGGAGUUGAUGAAAAUUACGACCGAGCUCAAGACGCCAUAAAAGCAGUAACGAAAAAACUUGAUGAGUAUUUGGUAGAACUGCAACAAAUGUUUGGUUGCAAAAUUACAUACGUGGGCACGGAUAAAAAACGUUUUCAAAUAGAAAUUCCUGAAAGUCAUACGAAAAAAGUAACAAAUGAAUACCAACUUGAGGGAACAAGAAAAGGGGCUAAACCAGCAAAACGUUACUCUACAGCAAGAAGUCGACAACUUCUUGCAGAUAUGAUGAAAGCAGAAAGUGAGAGGGCGAAAGUUGUCCAAGAUUUGAACCGGAGAAUUUUUGAAAAAUUUAGUCAAAAGCGCGAUCAAUGGGAGCAAGCGAUUGAGUGUAUUACUGUCUUGGAUGUUUUAUGUUCUUUGUCUCAAUAUGCUUGCAGUUUUGGUCAGGAUAUAUGUAUUCCAGAAAUUGAACCAAUGGGAGACACAAAUAAAAUUAUUAUUGAAAAUGGGCGUCAUCCUUGCAUUCCAAACAUUGAUAAUUUUGUUCCUAAUGAUACUAAAAUGGGAGUUGGUGAUUUUGCUAAUAUUUUACUCAUCACUGGACCCAACAUGGGUGGUAAAUCAACACUGAUGCGUCAAAUUGCUAUUAUUUGUAUUAUGGCACAUAUGGGGGGUUACGUGCCUGCAUCCAGCUGUACAAUAUCUUUGAUUGAUAGGAUUUUUACCCGUUUGGGGGCUCAUGAUGAUAUUGUUCAAGGCCAAUCAACAUUCUUAGUAGAACUAUCUGAAGCUGCAGUUAUUUUGCAGCAUGCGACGCCACAUUCGUUGGUCCUACUUGAUGAAUUAGGUAGAGGAACUUCUACUCAUGAUGGAAAUGCUAUAGCUACUGCCUAUGUAGAAAAACUGACUACGAUUAAUUGUCGAACACUGUUUUCUACGCACUAUCACAGUCUUGUGGAUCAUUUUGAGAUGAGGAAAGACGUGCAGUUGGGACAUAUGGCUUGUAUGGUCGAAAACGAUGACGAUCCAACUGAAGAGUCAGUUACAUUCUUGUAUAAGAUGGCUGAAGGGCGCUGUCCAAAGUCAUACGGUUUCAACGUUGCACGACUAGCGGGAUUGAAACACUGUAUUGUUUCACGAGGUCGGGAAAUAUCCAAACAGUUGGAAAAUGAAGCCAGAAAUCGUAAACUUUUCAGGGAAUUAUUUACAGCUGAUAUUGCGUGUAUUAGAACUGUUAUGACAAAGUUAUCACUUUCUUAAUACACUUUAAUAUUUUUUUAUAUGCAACAGUGGAUAAAUAAUUAAUGCUUUUAUGUUUUCUUAUUUGUAGAUGCAAAAAUAAACGUCAAGUUAGUGAAUACUGUUGAUUAA